GCGGAGUGUCAUAUAAACACGGAACACGGAGGGAGUGUAAAAAGCUCAGAGCCUGCUAGACUCUAGUCGAAGAAACAUGAUCAGGGAAAUACUGAAAGUACUAAUAUUAAAUUGGAAGUGAUCACUAAUACGAAGUAUUAAGCAGUCAGGGUUGUCAAAUGGGCGGAAGAGACGGCAGCAAGGAGUGGGAAUUUCACCUGAGAUCCUUAACUUCCGGCGCUCGAGACUCUAACUCCGCAGUUGAUCCUUCGCUUGUCAAUUCCGUCAAGAAGCUCUGUGAACUGUGCAGAAAUUCGGAAGAAAUGGUUGCUAGAAUUUAUCCUCAUCUCAACAGGAUCUUCCAACGAGCAGUGGCCUCAAUCAGUCAAUCGCAAACCCCCUUUGGCCUUCUUUUACUGGCAAUUCUCCAAUUUUUUCUUGACUUUGGAGAUGUGGUUCUGCAUGAUGCUGAUCCCAGUUUGAGGACUUUCUUUAGAUUGUGUCUAAGCCGUGAGUUUGCAGACCCUGCUGUAGCAGAAGCAACUCUUUGUUUUUUGGAUGAAAAUAAGAGAAAGCUGUCAAGUUCGUUCCCCACUGUACUUCCUCAGUUUUUCCCUUUGCUGCUGAAGCUGCUAGCUUGGAGUGGAGAGAAGUUAGAAAAGCUAUUUCUUAGAGUAUUUCCUGGGUUGAUUUCUUCAGGCUCAUUUCUGCCGCUGUUCCCACCACUCAUCGACUUGCCUAUAUUGGUUGUAGCAUUGGAAAAGGUAGAGAAGAGUUCGGGGCCACUAGUUGGAAACAGCAUAGCUUCAAUUCAGAAGAGUACUGCCCCUGAGAUGCUGCUAGCACUCAUGGAUGAAGCAUAUACUGGAUCCACAAUAGGAGAUGCUGGCACAGAUGUAGAGUCCAUGGAUAGCAGUACAAUAGCUGUAUCCAAUCCAAUUUUUCUUGAACUUCUCAAGGAUGAGAAUGAUGGCCUUGCUGAACGCCAUUGGACUUCUCCUGCUAUGACUGCAACCUUACAAGCAGUAGUGAACGCACCUCAGUCUGAGAGACUGAAUCAGGCUCUCAAAAUUGCACCCAGGCUUCUGGAUGUCUAUUUCACUGUAGCAAUCCAUGACGUCAAUGAUUCGCUUUUAUGUGCUCUUAUUCCCAUCCUUAUGGUGAGAUAUUCCACUCUAUUUCCUGACAAGAUUUUCUCCUAUGAGGUACAAAAACGGCUCUUAGAAUUCAUGCUCACCGCAUUCUACCGUUCCCCUAAUUUUGUUGCGCUUCUGAAGAAGCCUAUAAUGGACAGACUAGGAGAAGCUCAUUAUACUCAUGCAAAGACUGAACUGGCAUUACAAUUAUGUUGGGCUAUUGGGGAGUAUGGAGGAGGAGGGGAAUCCCACAAAGAUGCUGCCCGUGAACUUUUUGAGAGCUUGGAACUACUACUGUAUGAAAACCUCUCAUCAAGCCGUCUGGGUAUAGGAGAAGCAGCCAAUGGUGACUCCAACAGUUCGGCAUAUAGAAAAUCAUCACAGUCUAGGCUUUUGUGCUUUGUUGUAACAGCAAUAGCAAAGCUUGCCACAUACCAUCGUGAGUUACUGCCUAGAGCCCGUGUAUCCUUGGCAAAGGUUGUACGUUCUCGAAUCUUGGAUGUGAGGGUGUGGAGGCGUGCACGGGACUGUUUAGGCUUAAUGAAUGAGCCCGCGAUAUGUUUAUCAGUGUUGGGUCCAUGUAAACCUACAAGUAGUACAGAUGUGCAGCGUCCAGGCAGUGUAAAUUGGAGUGAGGGUGGCACGAAAAUGGUUGCACACAUUCCCUUUCACAUUUUAGGUGAAGAUGAACAAGGUCCUCUUUCCCAUGACUUUUCAUUCAUGGAUAUUCUGCCCCGUAAGUAAUUUUAUUUUGGAAGAGGUAGUUUGAACCUUGAGUUAUCUUCUCAUACAAGAUGGAUCAAAAGCACAUACCAGGCCCCUUCUUUCCCAGGAAGAUUUAGUAGGAUAAUAUACUGUAUCCGUGUAGAGAUUGUGUAGCGAAGAGCCUUUGUUUAUUACGGAUUAUUGUUACUUUAACUAUAAUUUUUACCCCGUAUUUGAUUUGUAUCCUGAAAUUUCUUAAUUCUUUCGAUUGUGAUGGUGAGAUUUUUGUACCGCUACCAUUGUGUUCCUUUACAAUUAUUAUUAAAAAUGGUGGAGUUGUUACGAGUAAUGUAACUAUUAAAAUCAUUUU